AUGACCGGCCAAGAUAUAGAGAUCAUCUCUGCUCUCAACGUAUUCGCUGAAGUCUUGUGUCAUCCUCAGCGGCCGGAUCAUCUUGAUGUACCGUCCUCAUCUCAGCGCGUCGUGUUGCGGACGACCAAAGCCAGCUGGACUAUUGGUCGCGGUGAUGGGUCGCUGAAUAGUGUAGAUAUCAAGGUCGCGGACACUCGACUGAGUACCAGUAGGGUACAUGCGCGAUUGGAGUGGCAUGGCGAUUCAAAUGUCGCCUAUAUUCACGAUAUGAACUCGACCUACGGCACUUGGGUGGAUGGCCGUCGGCUAACAGCGGGAGAAGGCGUACCUCUGAAGGAUGAACGUCUUGAGAUAUGGUUGGGAGUGCCUGGAGGUGGUCAAUCAAGCUGUGUGGUCUAUGUCAACAAGAUGCGGGUCAAUACCUUCGCUCAAACAUACGCGGUCGAAAGUGUGGUCGGUAGCGGACGAUACGGGAAUGUCCUCAAGUGCCUUCGGCGAGAUGACCUGGCCGCGAUCCGCGCCGUCAAGAUCAUCAAAUAUACUGGGUACACAUACGAGACACUGCCUACGCUUUCAGACAUACGAGACUCGGUCAGCAUUAUGACGACCGUGCAGCAUGACCCGCACGUAUGCGACCUCAUCGACACGUUCGACAAUCCCGGUCUCAGCAUGUUUUGUGUGUUCAUACUUCGCAUGAAGCAAUCGUGGGACGCUUACCCUCUCGUAGUCAUCGUUAUGCCAUAUUACCCUCUUGGUAACCUACGUGACGCGCUUGGUGAAACUCCUAUUUGUCAGUCCACUUCACCCUUGAGCAGCAGCGAAAUCUUUGACACGCGGUAG